GGUGUGCAUGUAUGUGUAUGAGGGGGGCGGGAAUGUGUUGUGGUUGGAUGAAAACAGAUGUCAAAAUUGAUAUGUUCGAGUGACGCGAGCCUUCUUAAAACAAGAACAACUGUUACUAUUAAUAUUACGUGUACGUAAACGUUAUCUGUAGUAGAUUGCCGUUUUACCAACAACAGAAAAUCAUGGCAAUGGGAAAAGGUUUUAAAGUUUCUGAAAAAGUGAAUCCACCGAAGCCUUACAGUAUCCUGCUGGAGCAGAGAAACAGAGAAGAGUCCCUCCUGUUUGAAUCACAGGCAGUAGCAGUAUUGUCUCCAUUAGAGGUGGAAUCUGUCAAACGGCAGUAUACGAAGCUGCUGGAUGCUUACGGCUGCCUUGGAGUCCUGCAACUUAAUGCAGGAGAAAGUACAGUACUGUACUUGGUAAUGGUGACAGGAUGUGUAUCAGUAGGAAAGAUAGCAGACUCAGAAAUUUUUCGCAUCACUCAGACUACAUUUGUGUCACUACGGAACCAACCACAAGAUGAAGAACGCAUUUCAGAAGUCAGAAAACUGUUGAAUUCGGGUACUUUUUACUUCUCAUGGUCAUUAUCAAAUGAGAGCCUCGACAUAACUCUUUGUGCCCAACGAAGACAAAGAACAGGGGAGACUGACAACAGGUUUUUUUGGAAUCGCAUGCUCCACAUUCAUCUCCUGAGGUUUGGUGUAAGCUCUACUAACUGGAUUCUGAAAGCUAUGUGUGGCAGUGUUGAAAUAAGGACUGUUUAUGUUGGUCAUAGGCAGGCUCGUGCAGUUAUUAUAUCACGCCUGAGCUGUGAACGUGCUGGUACAAGGUUCAAUGUUCGUGGUAGUAAUGAUGAUGGACAUGUAGCAAAUUUUGUGGAAACUGAGCAGGUGAUAUUCUUAGAUAAUGAAGUAACAUCCUACAUCCAGACUCGAGGUUCUGUGCCACUUUUUUGGGAGCAGCCGGGAGUUCAGGUUGGAUCCCACAAAGUGAAGAUGUCACGAGGAUUUGAAGCAUCUGCACCUGUUUUUGAUAGGCAUAUGAAAAUGAUGAAACAGCGUUAUGGGAACCAGUGCAUUGUCAAUUUGCUUGGAUCUAGUCUCAUUGGAAGUAAAGAAGGAGAAGCUAUUUUGAGCCAGCUGUUCCAGGCUCAUCAUAAGUCUUCAGAGCAUGCCAAAGAUGUUCCACAUAUUGUGUUUGACUACCAUCAGGAGUGCCGUGGUGGAAACACAAAAAAUCUUUCAAAACUCAAAUCCAAAGUUGAAUUAUAUUUGAAGUCAUUUGCUCUUUUCUACAUGAAGGAUGAUCAAGUUAUAAGUGAACAAAAAGGCGCCAUAAGAACCAACUGUUUAGACUGUUUGGAUCGGACCAACUGUGUGCAGACAUUUUUUGGACUGGAGAUAUUAGCAAAACAACUACACUUGUUGAACUUGAUGGAAAAACAUCAAAUAGUAUCACGUUUCGAAGAAGUUUUUAGGCAGAUGUGGAUUAAUAAUGGCAAUGAAGUGAGUAAGAUAUAUGCAGGAACAGGAGCGAUACAAGGUGGUUCCAAGCUGAUGGAUGGAGCCAGAUCAGCAGCUAGAACAAUUCAAAACAAUCUUUUAGAUAAUAGUAAACAAGAGGCAAUUGAUAUCCUUCUGUUGGGUAGUACCUUGAAUACAGAACUGGCUGAUAGAGCUCGCAUUCUUUUACCUGCAAACAGACUUCAUGCUCCAACAAGUGUUUUACGGGAGAUGUGUAAACGCUGCAAUGAGUAUGUGUUCAUGUCAACUGCACGCAUUGCAGUUGGCACUUACAAUGUGAAUGGUGGCAGACAUUUUCGCAGUGUUGUGUACAAAGACCUUUCAUUAUCAGACUGGUUGCUAGAUGCCCCAAAGCUCUCAGGAUCUCAAUCUCUGGUUGACGUAAUGAACAAUUCUUCAGCUGACCGCCCUAUUGAUAUAUUUGCAAUAGGAUUUGAAGAAAUUGUUGAUCUUAAUGCCAGUAACAUAGUCGCUGCAAGUUCAGAAAAUGCAAAAGCAUGGGCUGAAGAACUACAGAAAGUCUUGUCCAGAGAUUCGCAGUAUGUUUUAGUAACAUACAUGCAGUUAGUUGGGGUUUGCCUGUAUUUAUUUAUUCGACCUGAACAUGCUCCUCAUAUAAGAGACGUUGCUGUGGACUCUGUGAAGACAGGGUUAGGUGGUGCUACAGGGAAUAAAGGAGCUUGUGCAAUUCGCUGUGUAUUCUACAGCACAUCACUGUGUUUUGUUUGUGCACACUUUGCUGCAGGACAGUCACAGGUCACUGACAGGAAUGCUGAUUAUGCAGAAAUCACCAGAAAAAUUAAUUUUCCAAUGAGCCGAACACUUAAUUCACAUGAUUAUGUUUUCUGGUGUGGAGACUUCAACUAUCGUGUGGACAUGGAUAAAGAUGAAAUGAAGGAAUUGAUUAAGAAGAAAGAAUAUGAUAAAAUUCUACAGUAUGAUCAACUUAGGAAUCAACAAGAUCAAGGUCUUGUAUUCAAAAAUUUUAUUGAAGGAAAUAUUAAUUUCCCUCCAACAUACAAGUAUGAUCUAUUCUCAGAUGACUAUGACACAAGUGAAAAAUGCAGAGCACCUGCAUGGACAGAUAGGGUACUGUGGAAGCGGCGGAAGCAGAUCCCUGACGUGGACUUACCAAGUGAUUGGAAUCCAGGAAGGCUUGUGCAUUAUGGACGUGCUGAGCUGAAACAAAGUGACCAUAGACCAGUCAUCGCAGUAAUUGACAUUGAUGUGGGCCACGUAGAUGAAGAGCGCCGAAGCCAAAUAUUCAUGGAAGUUAUUCAGGAUAUUGGGCCUCCAGAUGCAACAGUGGUAAUUCAGGCAGUUGAUUCUGAAGCUACGGGAGAAGAUCUCUUUGAUGAUAAUUUCAUGAUGGCUCUUCUACAAGAACUGAGUCAAAUUGGAGAAGUAAUUCUUGUCAGAUUUGUUGAAGACACAAUGUGGGUCACAUUUCGUGAUGGGCAAUGUGCUCUGGUGGCAGCCAGCAAGUCUCACACACAGAUUUGUGGUCAUGCAUUGAAUCUUUCCUUAAAAACUCCAAAUUGGCAAGAUCAGGCCCUGAAGGAAAUAGAGCUCUGCAGCAAUAACACAAUACCUUUAUGCGAUCACAUCGAACCUUUACCUGAGGUGUCAAGUGAUGUGUCAUCCACAACUGAUCAAGAGUGUACAGACAAAGCAGAUUACGUGUAUAGUGUGGACAGAUCAUACAGUCCAAGUCCUGGUGAAGAGUCUGAUGUGCCGCUAAAGGCACCUCCCCGACCAGCCCCCCCUGGUCGACCACCUCUGCCGAGUGUUUCACCUGGAGCAUCACCAUAUCAACACAGAAAACAAGUUCCUAAGGCAGGGGUGAUCAGUGUUCCUUCAAAACCCUUACCUGUGCAACAGAAAAUUCCUACCACCCCUCCAGAGACAGUCUACAACCAACAGGAAGACAGCAAUGCAAUAUAUGAGGAGAUUCAGGAUGACUACUGCCCAGCAAGACCAAGUGGGCCCCCUCCACCUCCUCCACGAUUAGACUCAUCAGGUAGUAAUGCACAAGAGAUGGAGCCACCACCUCUGCCACAGCGGCAGCUACCACCGCCACCUAUCCCUGACAGAGCGCAACCACCACCAGUACCAGCAAGAGCUGGUGUUCCUCCUCCAAUUCCUGCAAGGGUAGGAACUGCCAACUCCACUCCACCUGUCACCCCACGUCGAACCAUUUCAUGAAAAAGCUGCUACUACUUUCUUGUAAGAGAAAUUAUUCGUGUUUAUGGUACCUGGAAUUGUGCAGUUUGCACAUGAGCUUUGGUGUAUGCUGUUUAGCAGAAAAAUUGUACCAAUUAUCAGAUGUAUUUCUUUUAGAGUUACAAAAGUGUCACUGAGCUGAGACAUUACUUUAUGCUGUAAAGAAAUGGCCUGCAGCACAGUUUCCUAGAACCAUUGUGAGGCUGAAUGCAUAUGAAGAAUUUAUUAUCAUAAGUAGCCUACUAUUUAUGUGCGGAAAGUUAAUGAACACAAUGAAAUGUUAAUUUUUAAAAAUACUUAGAAAUCGAGCAAAAAUGUAUAUACUCUGUGCGUAAUAUAUUUAUGAAUAGUUGUUUGUAGUAACUGAGUAACUAUUUAUUACUGAAAAUCUGAUAGUUAUGUACUGUUGGUAAUUUCAUGUUCCACGAACAAUAUAUUGUAAUGUGUUGAUGUAGUUUGUACAGUGAAAUAUUAAUUUAUCAGAGCCUAGUUCAUAACGUAUUUGUACUAUCAUGACAGAAAACCUUAGACAGUAUUUACAGUAUUUUUCAUUUUUAAAGGACAUUUUCCUAUUUUAAGGAAAUUGUUUUUUGGUGGAUAAAUGACAAUAUCUCAAUGUCAAUAUGCAAAUUUCAGUGACCUUAAAAAGUUGGCACCAUUUCUUUGCAGAAAUAUAAGACUGAAGUUGGUCUCCUUUGCCAUUCAAACAUUCCACUUAUUUUUAGAUAAAAAUGUUCCUUUUUUUCUUUAUUGUUUGUUUCGUUUUUUACUUCAUUUACUCCCAGUAAUGUGUUUUUUUAUGAAGAAAAUACUCAUUGUGUUUCUUUUCUAGUUAUAGCUUUACUUGAUAGUUAAAUUACACAGAUUGUACCAGUGAACUGUGAUCCUUAAAAUGUUAUAAAUAGAGGUUUUAUAUGUUAGGCAUAUUUCAAAGCAUUUGAACAGAUGUGAUCUGUUGCUUUGAGCUUGUUAUUCUUGUUUGUAUACCCUGACUUUUCCUGCCCCUCCCACACAUAUUUAUUGCAAUAAUGAUGAGAGCUUGACGACAUGAUUAUGUUUUAGUAACUGUGCUUCAGUAUUAGAAAUGAAACCUGAAUGUGAAAUAGUUGUGUGUUGGAAAACACAAUACUGUUAGUAAAAAUAUAUUGUUUUGUUAGUCAA